AUGCACAAAUCUUCUUUGGACAACCCAGCUCUAAAUACAUCAACAACCACCUCGGCGACAGGGCAAGAUCGCUCUGCUGCUCAGAGGAGACCAAUCAUAAGUGGGCCACAACAAACGCCCGCUACACUUCAACCAGGAGUGAUGCAACAAACAACAAACGUUUCUAUGCAGGCAAUACGACCGAAUCUGCAAGCUUCGAACGCUCAGCAAAAUACAAAUCCAAUGCAACAGAUGAACCUCAAUUUUCCUCCAAAUCAAGACCAUAUUAUACAAGGGCAACAUAGUAUGGUUUUCACAAAUAAUCGCAUUGCUAUUCCAAAUGCUUCACCCAGGAUAACACGCCAUUCACAAGCUUCGGUCCUAAAGCAUAAUUCUCCACAAGCCCAACCGAUCAUAUCAAACUCAGGAACAAUAGGUUUGCAAAAUGUUUCGGGAAUCUCUAUGAAUUUGACAACUUCAGCUAGAACACCUCAAGGAGGGGUUAUGCAAACAGCUUCUACACCGUCACAAGUAACCUCUUUAAUUAAUAACCCUAUUUAUGGUGCUCACACCGAUGCUAAUGCAAAUAUACCUUAUAGAAACUUGGUCACUUCUCCUAAUAUCGCUUCUAGACCUCCCCCCAUAGGAAUGCAUGUUAAUCAACAAUCAACCUUUGAAACAAUUUCAAAUGCUCCCUCGAUUCAACAUUUUAAUUCACCAAUUCUUCAACAGCAAAAUACGUCGUUGAUGUUACAACCAACUCGUACAACGGUAACAAACGACUUACAGUCCAAUCAAAGUCGUCCUGUUCGUCCGAAUAUGCCAUUAUCAUUAUCACCUGUUACCUUACAAGAUAAUGUUUCACAACAAAGGCAAUCCGUGUCAAUCACACCAUCAUCAAAUCCUUCACAACCCAUUAUGCAAAAUGCAGCACAAACAGUAUCUCAUUCCACAAUCCGUUCUUCCACGGCAGCAUCACCUACUGUUCAACAAGUAUCGGGACAUCUAUCUCAUCGUAACGUACAGAAAGGCAAUGUUUCGCCAUCUAUUAGUUCUAAAUCUCUUUUAAAAACUCCUUUAUAUUCGCACACAUCAUCAAGAUCAUCACAUAAAAUAUCAAAGUUAUCACAUAAACCUACACAAAAUAUAUCAAAUUUAUCUCCACAAGACUUAGAGGCAGCGCAAGCAGCAGCAGACGCAGCAAACGUUCUUGUUAUGUCGUCGAGACAAAGAGCUGAUCCACAACGGUCAAUGAAUAUAGAUCAUAAUGUUAUUAAUCAGUACUCAGAACUAAAUGGAAAUAAUAAUUCUCUGAAUAAAGUUGAGAAUAGCCAACGUAAUAUGAGAUUCGUAGGAAAUUUACCUAUGGACUAUUCAACCUCAAAUAUUAUAAAUGAUGAGACUAAAGAAGAAAUAGGGUUAACGCCACAUAAUAGAGGUCAUAAAAUGAAAAAUCGUGCCGCUGCUUUGGACAGUGGAGUUAGAUUACGAGCACCAUAUGGAUAUCAAGAGGAUUUAGGACUUGUUGAUAUUCCUAAUGGAUCUAGGCGUCAUAUUAUAUAUCGCAUUAAUAAGUCAGAAGUUGAAAAUAUGACAGAAUUUUAUGGAGAAGCGAUAGAUAAUCCAUAUAAGGAUAUUGAUGUUAAGGAGAUUCUUAGUCCUUUAAAAAAGCCUGAGGAUGCAGUUCGUAAAUCAGAUUAUUUACACAUCUUAAAGAAUCAGCAUUUAGAAUAUUCAGCAAUUAUAUUACGAAAUAAAAUUGAAAAAGAAAAUAUUUAUCGAAGAAAUAUGGUCAAACUAAUGGAUACAUUGCAGGGCGAUGAUGUUAUGUACCAAGAUUUGGAUUUUCGUCUUAAUCCACCUCAGGAAACUGUCAGUACACGUGUAAUUAAAGCUGAGGAAGUUGAAGGUGGAUUAGGCUUUGGAGUUUUGAAUGUUGGUUUGCAAGGGAGUGAUAGGAGUAAAGGAAAGCUUGCCCAAGAAACAAAGGAUCAAGGUUUAGAAGUAUUAAUUCACGUUCGUAAUCAAUUACAAGUUCAGCUUGAAUGUUCCAACGAAGUCCUUAGAUCAUAUACCCAAAUACGUGAAGCUGUAUUAGGUGUUAUCCGACGAAGAAAUCAAGUAUAUAAAAAAAUACGUGAAAUAGAUAAACAACGUAGGAUAGAGGAGGGGAGGGAGAACGAACGUGAACGUACAGAAGCAUAUUCGGGUCAAGGAAAGUAA